ACAGAGAGAGAGAGAGAGAGAGAGAUGACUACUGAGGGGGACAGUCUACGUGUAAUAAAGGCUGUAGCUGUACCCCCUUGUACUGGGUGUACUGGAAGUAUUUUAAGGGGAGGGCUAAUAACACCAGAGAUUAUGUCGCGCACGGAGUACCUGCUCACUCUGAGGGGGUUGGACAUGAUGGCAUGAGGCGUUUCCAGCAGCGGCGCGUUGCUCGCAGAUAUUUCCUGCGCUCUCAGCUGUUGGGUUGAAGCACCGGCUGAGCGCAGUCUUGCACAGGCUCGGUUAUUGUACCAGCUGGCUUUGAAUGCACGAAACACGGACGGAAUCUCCUCCUUUAUUAAACAGUGCCAGCAAAAAAAGAAACAUGAAGUCCGUUUUAGAAUGAGCUGGAACAACAGAAACGCUGCGUAACUGAGACAGCACGGAUACAGCGACGAGGGACUGGUGCGCCUUGGCACCGUAGGAAAGAACCAAACUUCACUGACGGGCUGAGCAUCAGUUUAGGACACACUGUAAGACUGAGCAUGUUUCCGUGGACUAUUUCCUAUAAUGUAAAUUUAUAAUUAUCAACUUAAGAUCUAGAACAAGGUGUGGAAAGCGUUUGUGUUGUGCUCAUUUUGCCUCCCGCCGCCCCCUCCAAACGUGCCAAUGCUAGAAUGGCUUGUGGCUCUGUUCAUUGUGAUCCUGGUGGUCUUAAUCUGGCCAGGCUCCAAAUAUUUUGGCACAGAGAGCCAAUCGGAUGCUUUGCUUCGAGGACUGGGGAUUUCACAACAGGCAACGAAGGACAACACCGGGAGGUGCGUCUCCGACCGAGAGGAGACGGCCUGUGUGGGGACCGGUGAGAAAGCACGCACCGUGGCACUGAUCUGCAAGCCGUCGGCGCUGGCUAACUAUCUCCUGAAACACUGCAGGACUUUCAGCAAUUACUCGCCGUGUGUGGGGUGGACGUGGCGGGCCAGCGCCUUCCUGCAGAGCGUGUACGAGGCGUGCUGGCCAUAUGACAGCCCGGUUCAGUUUGUGCGGGACAACCUGCAGCUGAGCGAUGAUGGGCUGGUGGCCUUGGACUGGGCUGUGCCAUCCUACCAGAAACGACGCAGGACUUCCAGUCACUCCACCAGUCCCGUUCUGCUCAUCAUCCCAAACUCUUUUGGCAAGAUCACUAGAAAUGUGUUAAAGUUGUGUGAAACAGCACUGUCCCAGGGCUACCUUCCGGCAGUUUUCAACCGCCGCAGUCACAACGGUACCCCGCUCACCACCCUCAAACUGCAGCAGUUUGGUGACCCUGCAGAUCUGCGUGAGGCUGUGCGCUACAUUCGCUACCGACAGCCUGCAGGGAGACUGUAUGCAGUGAGCGAGAGCACCGGGUCAGGUCUUCUCCUGUCUUACCUUGGGGAGUGUGGAUCAUCCAGCUAUGUGACGGCGGCCGUCUGUCUGUCGCCCGUGUUCCGCUGUCAGAGCUGGUUUGAGAAUGGGCUGUGCUGGCCCCUGCAGUGGGCGUUGGUGCUCUACCAGAAGAUAUGUCUCAGCAGGUACAAGACAGUGCUGGGUGAGACCAUACAAACAGACACUCUGUUUUCUAGCUGUUCCCUCCGUGGCCUUGAGGAGUCAUUGUUCUGUCAGACUGGACAUGUGGGCUCUGCACCAGCAGCACCAGCAGGAACCAGCAGUAGCAGCAUUACUUCAGGUGCCUGGGAUUCUUACUGGGAGCGCAACGAACCCUUGAGAGAUGUGGACGAAGUGGCUAUUCCUGUCUUGAGCAUGUGCGCUCAGGAUGACCCUGUCCGCGGCGACACCCAAUCCACGGUGCCCUUGGAACUCUUUGAGACAAAUCCACAUUUUUUUCUCCUCCUAACUGACCGUGGAGGUCACUGUGGUUUCUCCACCCAGUCUGAUGGGAGUGCCCCUGGUGCAUUUGGUGCAGUCAGUCCUGCGGUUGUGCCGACCAGUGGGGUGGGGAGCCGUGGGACCAACUGGAGCCACAAAGCUCUGUUGGAAUUCUUCAGGGCGACCACAGACUUCUUCGCUGCUGAGGAGAGAGCAAAGCAGCUCGCCGCAAGAAGGAGAGGGCUGGGGGGAGGCGCAGGAGGGAGGGUUUUCCGCCACCGCAGCGUCAGUACAUGUAAACGAAUGCCAGCGUGUUCCCAUAAUAUCCAUGCCAUUUACAAUUGGCAGAGGUCCUAUACACGAUGAGGGAGCUUAAUGGAAGUUAAUGGACUACACUGAUGCCUUCUGAUAUUGUUUGGAUUUUGCAUGUGAAGGUCUCAGGUUGUUCUCUGCCUGCAUGACAUUCAGCUAUAAAGUGUUGAGGUAGAUAAAAUUAGAAAAGUGCAGAGGCUGUGAAAAUCUAGAGGUCAUGGAGUACUUUUAAGUGUUGUUCUCACACAUUUAAGAUCAGUAUAACACAAUAAUAAAAAAAGGUCACAACUGGCCACAAGCUUGCACGCAGUUGUUAUGUUUAACUGCUGAACAGUUGACACUAAACUCUCAAGAUGGGUUGUUAUAUAUUUUUCUACAGACUUCACUGCCAGCUGUUAAAACUGAAGGAUCCUGUAACAGUUUUAUUAACACACAUACAUCUGCCUCACAUUUUACGCAGUUUGCCACAUUUUUAGCCACGUUUGCAACCACAACUGCAUCGUGAUUUGGGACAUUUGAAACCUUGACAUUUAACGGUUGUAUAUUGCUGUUAGUCUUUUUAUCACUGAAAGGAUAUUUAUUGGGAAGGAAAGAGGCUGAGAGUCUUGUGUCUAGAGUAGAAAGGGGGAAAAAUCCAGUGGGAAUAUGAUUUAAUUUGAGCUAAAUGUCAAAUGAGUUUUAAUAACUCACACAGUUUUAGUAUACAAAUUUUACUGUGUAUAUUAUUGAAUGUUCUCUACUAUAUGGGGAAAUGCCCAGAAUAGAGGGACUCAUGUGUGACUGCCACCCAGUCAGCCUUUAGAGGAAAGUCUAUGAGAUUGUAUUUUAAUAAGCUGGGUGGCUGAAAUCCCCUGUCUCAUCUUUUUAACUCUGUCCUGGGAUGUUUUCCCCAACCACUCAGGAUCUGAAGGAGAGGAAGCUGUGAUGGUUACACAAUGAGAUGGAGUGUUCAAGACUUAGCAGUAUAAUGUUAUUUAAAAUUUCCCGACGCUGGUAAUUUGUUUAUUAUUCUCAUGCAUUAAGCUAAUACAUUUUACAAAUUAAUAUGAUACAGAGUAAUAAAUAUUGUGGUGAAACACUUCAAAAGGCAGCUCAAUCAGUUAAUAAGCAGGAAAAAGCUGAGGUUCUGAUUUUUGUCUUCUGUUGUUUUCUAAAAAUGCUAUACACUUGUUAAAUGUGUUGGAAGAUUGAAAAAAUAAAAUAAAAAAAGUUUAAUAAAUGAACCAAGAUGACAAACUUGGGAUAUACAA